UCCUCCUCUUCUCCCCGAGGUGGAGAAACAGAGAGACGUCAGGCCGGACCGGAGAUUAGCAGCCGCUUUAAGUGGAUUAGAAAGCAGCCGAGUUUGGGAGAAGCGAGCGGAGAGUGAGCGGAGCAGGCGCCGCUUCUCCCCCCUCAGGCUUCAGCCUCUCUCUCUCUCUCGCUUUCUCUCUCGAACUGAGGCACCCCGCCAUGCCCCAGACAGUGGCUCUGAGCGGCCCUUCGCCGUGGGGCUUCCGGCUGGUCGGGGGCAAGGACUUCAGCACCCCGCUGACCAUUUCCAGGAUUAAUCCUGGAAGCAAAGCCGCCCUUGCCAGCCUUUGCCCAGGUGAUGUCAUCUUGUCAAUUAAUGGUGAGAGCACAGAAAACAUGACACAUCUAGAAGCACAAAACAAGAUCAAAGCUUGCCUGGAUCAGCUGACCCUAUCUGUGAACAGAGCUGAAAGCAAGGCUUGGCCCCCUAAUAUAUUAGAAGAUGGAAAAGCACAAGCUUAUCGAGUCAAUGUAGAGCCAGAGCCACAGGAUAAUGGACCUGUUCCAAAUAGAAGACCAGUGACAUUUUCGCCUGGAGGAAGUCCAACAGACAACAAACAGAUAUCGAACUUGCAGUACAAUAACCCCACGCGGCUAUAUACAAACAACAAUGCAGAUUCCAGUUUACCAUCACAGAUGAGUAGUCUGCAUAUCACAUCUUCCCACAGUGCUGACCCUUUGAGGUCCCUACCAAGAAGCAGAAAUGGAAUUGACAUGGACUCAGAUGUGUACAAAAUGCUGCAAGAUUAUGAAAGGCCAGUUUCAGAACCCAAGCAGUCAGGAUCUUUCCGAUAUCUGCAAGGCAUGUUGGAAGCAGGAGAAAAUGGUGAAAAACAUGACAGGCUGACGAGUCCAAGACAUGUUAAAUCUCCAGUAUCCAAAUUGGGUGGAGCCAUGCCUGGCUUACAGAUGCUCCCCGAGUGCACCAGAUGUGGCAAUGGAAUUGUUGGCACAAUAGUGAAAGCCCGCGACAAGCUCUACCACCCAGAAUGUUUCAUGUGUGAUGACUGCGGCCUCAACUUGAAGCAAAGGGGCUACUUCUUCAUCGAGGAACAGCUGUACUGUGAAAUGCAUGCCAAGGAAAGGGUUAAGCCGCCAGAAGGAUAUGAUGUGGUUGCUGUUUAUCCCAAUGCUAAAGUUGAACUUGUCUAAAUAGAUACUCUUAUUUCCUGGAGAGGUCAAGAGGUGGCACACCCACCCACAGGCACAGGCACUGUUUUAAAGCAUGGCUGUAAUCAACUCUGAUUAUUCAAGUCUCAGUAAAAUGUCUUUCCAGAGAUAAAAUGGUUUGCACUUGGGAUCUCAAGGGGAUAGUGCUGAAAGGCCUCUGAAAAGGAUUUCUCUCUCCUUUUGACACUUGCUUUUGGGUUGCUGUGUUGUUGUUUGGGUGGGUUCUGUUUUCUUUCAUUUUUUACUGCACAUAGUUUCCAUCAUACCCCAAUCCAAAACCUGUGUAAAUAUGGGUGCUGUUUUAAAAACACUGUUUCAUAUAAAACCAGUAUUUCUUUUAUUUUGGACUCAGCUCAACUGGUAAAGAAAAAGCAAUUUAUAUGCAUUGUAUUAUGAUAUAACAUUGUGUCACCAGAUGGCGACGUGGAGUCCAAUUUUUCUAUCUGUUUUCCCUGUUUAAAUUUACGUUUUUUAAACUGAAACACUGCUUUGAUGUGUCUAGAUCCAGCCUCUGCCUCAUUUUAAAAUAUAAAGAAGACUGCAUGAAAGCUCCAUGAAAAGAAGGCACUUUAAGAAAUGACAUUGACAUUUUACAUUUUAAAGCGCUACAUCACAUUUACUUUUGUCAGUAAUAGAGAUAUGCCACAAAGAUUGCUUUGUGGCUUUCAGAGUGAUAGAAAACUCAGACCACGUGUAAUGAGAAUUUUAAAUAUGAGGCUGGCUGCAUGAGAUUCACCAAGAAACCUGGGAAUGAACAGAUAAAGGACUCGCAAGAACACAGAUACUCUGUAUAUAUAUAAAAUGUAAUGUCCUGGUUGCCAUUUCCAAACAAUACUAUUUAUUACAUGUAAGACUAAUCAUUAACAUUGAUCAUUCUGGCGAUAUCUGCCAGCAGCAGCUAGAGCUAUCCACUGGGGCUUGUGCUCCAACACUGCCUUUAUUGUUGUACCAUAGAAAAUAUCCUGGGAAUCCCAAUGGAUGGUCCCUCGUUGACUGGUAGUGAUGAACAGGCUGGAGACCCUGUUAAGUAUCCUCAGGUCUUUCCAGAUCAAGGGGACCCUAAUAUAAUUUCCAUUGUGGCACCAAACUAUAACUGUGUAAACCACUGUUGUGCCCUGCAUAAAAAUGUUUAAGAAAGAUUUCACACAUAUAUUGUACAUGUGGUUUUCUCUCUCUCAUCUUUGAGAAAGCAUGGCUUCUUUUGCAGAUAUUCUUGGUUACUGAAUCAUCUAGGCACCUGCAUUUAUUCUUUCUUUCUUUCUUUAUAAAACUUUGAACAAAGGGUUUUACAUGCCAGCCAUAAACACUUUACUUAAAACUGCUUUCAGAUACAAUGAAGUUGACCUGGUCGACACUAUGUGCAGAACAUCUAAAUCCAGCCUAGGAUGAAAAGAAAAAUAAUUCAUUCCAGAUUUUUUUUUUUAAGGGCAAGGCAUCAGACCUAAACAUCACAGACAUUUAGGAGCUUUCAGGACAAUCAUUGUGUAGCACAACAAUUGCACAUUUGUUAUUCAUUUGUUACAUUUGAAAUUGUCACGAUAGACACAAAUUGUUCAUUUCUUGAGAGGAAUUAUGUCAUCACCAGUCCUGAUUACAGAGCUAUCGGGGGAGGGAACCCCUGCAGUUUUUGAAUAGAAGGAUAUGACCGACACUUUACAGAAGUCAACUCCUGAACUCAAGUAUAAACAAUCCAGAUGUGAAAAUGAGGGUGGAAUGUUCAGUGGCCCUUGUGCUCUCUGAAACAGUGAUUGCCCUGGGCAGCCAAACUGCUAAUCCUAAAUGUAAAGGGGAAAAAAUAAACUUUCUAUGUCUAAAUGUUUAAGCCUCAGCUGCAUUUUGGCAACAGCUUAUACACCAUUUUUUUAAAAAGACAGAAUGCAUUAUAUCUUAGGCAAUACAGUCACUUUAUGGAAGCGGAUCCAGUAUGAUGUUGUGGUUCAGAGUUGGGAAGCCAGAAUUAAAAUCCCCACUCAGCCAUGCAGCUUGCUCUGUGACCGUGAGACAGUCGCAGCCUAACCGACUUUACAGGGUUGUCAUGAGGAUAAAAUGGGAAUGGAGUAAUCCAUGCAGAACACCUUGAGCUCCUUGAAGGGAAAGUGGCAUAUAAAUGUAAAUCUCUAAUGAAACUAUUGGCAUACUCUGUUCAGUGGAAGGCUCUGCACAAGUAAUGAUAUGAGUCCAAUUCCUAGUUAAGUGCUAGGCACAUGCAAUACCAAAAAAAUAUAAAGGAUGAUCCAUGAAGCUUGGUAUCGGGGAUAUUGUUUGGCUCUUUAGGGGGGCACAGGCUUUUCACAAAUCUCAGACAUAUAGGAAAUUCAACCAGGACCGUUUAAAUCCCCCCCCCAAAGAUGGGAAUGACGGGAGAGUUCACUGUUUGCCGUACUAGAUUUAUGGCAGUGGAACAUCAACAGAACUCAGGGUAGAGAAAGACAACAGUCACAAGCAUUAUUAUCCAAAGGUUCCACUAUGUGGCCUGCAGGUAUAAAUUUAAAAAAAAAUAUAGUAAGCAAUGAAGGUUUUGUUCAAACAGAAUGGUUCCAUUUGUUUUAGGAACUAUAAACCCCUACACCAAAGGGAAAGAUGUGUACUUUGCUUAGAAACAGUAUUGCUUAUCCAUUUCACAAACAUCAUUGCUAGUAAAAACAAGUGUGAAUCCACGUUGCUCUGUGUGAACAGGUAUAAUAUAACUUAAUUAAGAGAAAAAAUGUGACAACAAGCUAAAAUCCAUAUUGCUCUUUACAGUGAAUACAGUUCUGUGUUUUCUACCCAGUUACCUUAGCUAAUUAAACAAAUGAGGUUCAGUUCAUUAAUUGAUUGAUUAAAUAAAUAUGCACAAAGUUGUACAGUAUAUGCAAAAUAUUAGAUCUAAAAAAGCAUACCGUCAUUGCAUUUGGAUGAUGUAUAUAUCUGCCACAACAGGAAUAAUUUUCAAAGAAGUCAUUCUUUCUCCCAAAAGGGACUCCUCUUAUGGUGAUACUUGUCACCUGCAGUUGUUAUAAAGUGCUUCUAUUAAAAAUAAUUUCAGUUUUUAGAAUCCUUUUGACCCAUUAAUUGGUGAUUCCUUUUUUGUCGGUCAACAUUUUUGUCAAUUAAUCUAACUGAUUUACUAAGCAUUGGAACCAUUAAUAUUUUCACAUAUUAUCUUAGCAAAUCUAACGUCCGGUGAUCUUUGAAAUUCUUGUAAACACUUUGAAGGCAGCUUUGCCACCAACAAAGUUUAAGUUUGCUGGUCUAGGGGUGUUUUUGCUGUUGUUGAUGGAUCCGUAUCAGUACAAAUUAACUGAAAAAUUAUAAAUGUUUAUCAUUUAUUAAUAGCAUAAAAAUAUUGUUGCUGGUUUAUUUACUGGUUGCUAAGAGAAACAUGUUUCUUUGAGAUACUCCUGAACAUUCAUUUUAAUUUUGUUUAUUAACAUUGUAGGUCCUCAAGGACCCAAGCUAUUUUUUUGUGGGUUUCUAUAUUAACUAGCACUGGAAAAUGCAUCUUAUGAACCUCUGAUUUUACAUACUGGUUAUGUACAUUUCUUUUCAAUAACAAAUACACAGUAUAUUCCCUUU